AUGCAGCUGAAGGCUUUUUUAAAGAGGCUGAGCUCAGUAGUCCGAGCCGUCCUCACUUUCCUCUUUGCUCUGGUGGUACUGGGUGUGAUGAUAUGGGCCUAUGUUGACGGUUUCCAGCUAGUGACCUCCAGAUAUGGAAUCAUCUCCUUUGGCUUUUAUGGACUACUCCUCUCACUCCACGUCUUUGUUCAGAGCUUAUUUGCCUUUGUCGAGCACCGGCGGAUGAGAGCUCGCACAGAGCCAUGCAGCCUUACCAAGACUAUUGGCUUCACUAUAUCCGCAUACCAGGAGGACCCUGUCUACCUCAGAGAAUGCCUCAACUCCAUCAGAACCCUCAAGUAUCCCCCUGAGCUGCUGCGUAUCAUCAUGGUGGUAGAUGGGAACUCAGAUGAUGACCGAUAUAUGAUGGAGAUGUUCAGAGAGGUAUUUGCGGACCAAGACCCUGGCUGCUACGUGUGGAAGAAUAACUACCACACAUGGGACCCCAUGCAAGCCGAGCAAGUUGCAGCAAUGGGCCCAGGAGGGGAUGCUGAUUAUACUGUCGGAGAGGAUCCACAACGAAAAGAAGUAGAGCGUCUGAUCCAGAGUCAGAGGUGUGUGUGCAUCAUGCAGAAGUGGGGCGGCAAGCGGGAGGUGAUGUACACAGCUUUUAAAGCCCUUGGGUCAUCUGUUGACUACAUACAGGUGUGUGACUCAGAUACUAAACUAGACCCUCUGGCCACGGUGGAGCUGUGUAAGGUGUUGGAGAGCAACCCUAAAUACGGUGCCGUGGGAGGAGAUGUGAUGAUCCUCAACCUUAAGGAGUCUUACAUUAGCUUCAUGAGCAGUCUUAGGUACUGGAUGGCUUUCAACAUCGAAAGGUCCUGCCAGUCUUUCUUCGACUGUGUGUCCUGCAUAAGUGGUCCUUUGGGUCUGUACAGGAACGACCUCCUGCAGCAGUUUCUAGAGUCUUGGUAUAAUCAGAAGUUUUUGGGCACGCACUGCACAUUUGGUGAUGACAGACAUCUUACCAACCGUAUGCUGAGCAUGGGUUAUGCCACAAAAUACACAGCUCGCUCAAAAUGCUACACGGAGACACCUGCUCAGUUUUUACGCUGGCUCAACCAGCAGACUCGCUGGACAAAAUCUUACUUCCGUGAGUGGCUCUACAACUCAAUGUGGUGGCACAAACACCACCUCUGGAUGACCUAUGAGUCCAUCAUCUCAGGGGUUUUCCCCUUCUUUGUGACCGCCACCAUCAUCCAGCUGUUUUGGACGGGCACACUGUGGGACAUCCUCUGGAUCCUGUGCUGCAUCCAGUUGAUCGGGCUGGUGAAAGCAGCUUAUGCCUGCAUCCUGCGCAGAGACAUUGUGAUGGUGUUCAUGUCCCUUUACUCGGCUCUGUACAUGACUAGCCUGCUGCCUGCUAAGUACUUUGCCAUCCUCACAAUGAACAAAAGCAGCUGGGGGACGUCAGGCAGGCGUAAGAUUGUGGGGAACUACAUACCCCUUCUCCCCCUGUCAGUGUGGUUAGCCAUUUUAUUAGGUGGGCUUGGUUACUCAAUCUACAAGGAGAGUAACCUGGACUGGUCAACUCCAGCCAAGAUAAUGGAGACUGAGUUCAUUAUCUUUGGAUGUGUGGCCUACAUAUGCUACUGGCUGCUUAUGAUGGUCCUAUAUUGGGUUUGGUUCCGCAGGUUAUGUAGGAAACGCGCCAAAAGUUACACAUUAAGUGUGUAG